AUGGGCAGCGCACCCGAGGCACAGAAGAUGCUGCAGAUUCAGUGUAGUGGAACGCCGCACGAGAUCGGCUACAAACACGGCCAAUCAGCAAAAGCGCCAAUUCUCCGCACAAUCGCCUUCUACACCUGGAUGUUCCAAGACAGCUGCAAGCUAGACUGGCCCAAAGUCCAAGACCUAGCCAUGCAAUUCGAGCCCUCGAUCAAGCAGAACUGGCCCGACUACCUCGAAGAAAUGACCGGCAUUGCCGAAGGCGCUCAGCUCCCACUCUCUUCCAUCCUGGCCAUCAAUGUCCGCACGGAGAUUGCCUUUGGUGCUUUCAGUGAUGGAUGUACUGCUCUAUCUUGGCGGACAAGCAAUGCAAGCUGGCUGGCGCAGAAUUGGGAUUGGAAUCCUCGGCAGCAGGAGAAUCUUAUACAGCUUACCAUUGAGCAGAUCGGUAAGCCGACGAUUAAGAUGAUCACGGAAGCUGGUCUGAUCGGGAAAAUCGGUCUCAACUCCGCGGGUGUGGGCGUAUGCCUCAAUGCUAUCAAGGCGAAGGGCAUGAAUUCGACUCGAUUACCUUGUCACCUUGGUCUACGGAUGGUGCUUGAGAGUCGAUCCCGCGAUGAGGCCGUGAAGAGGCUCGAGUCCUACGGCAUUGCGUCGCCCUGCCACAUGCUCGUCGCCGAUGCUUCAGGUGGUGUCGGCUUGGAGUGGUCGAGCAUCGAUGUGAAGAAGCUUGAAAUGAACACCAAGCAGCAAGUCUUCCAUACGAACCACUACCUGACGAAGCAUGAAGGUGUGCACGAUGAGAACUGGCUUAAGGAUUCGAAUUUCAGGGUCUCGAGGGUUGAGCAGCUUUGCAAUGAUAUCGAGGGCGGGCUGAGCUAUGAGAAGAUUCUGGAAGUGUUCAAGGAUAAGAAGAACCACCCUGCUUCGAUCUGCCGUACUGCAGAGGAGGCGAGGGGUAGUGGGACUUUGUUCAAUAUUGUCAUGGACUUGAGUAAGGCCAGAGCUGACGUUAUCGUUGGGAAACCCGAUGGAGACGGGGAGAGGAUUGUGUUGGCUUUUUGA